AUGUCCGCAUCUAAAACGGCACAUUCAGAACAAUCUUCUGCGAGCAAACCUCCUUUCCUCACGGCUGGAGAAGUGACGCCCGAGGCCUUAUGGUCAUGGGAGAUGGGGUGUACCCAGUUCUUCAUUCACAAGGAUGUCCCUGAGGAAGAAAUGGUGAAGAAGGUCGCUUGGGGAAUGCAAGAUCCACACAUCCAAGACUGGUAUAUUACGAACCAAGAAGAAAUUGAUGUGAUGAUGUUCAAAGAAUAUAUGGCUGAAGUUUGCAGUGUUUGGCUUCCCAUAGGCUGGGCAGAUACUGUGAGGAGGAAGAUGUUGGCAUCUAGGCAAGGACAGCGUGCCUUCAGCGAGUGGGCUAUAGAUGUGCAAAGCCAGAAUACGCUUCUUAGGGGGAUGGCAUCUCAUCUUCCUGAAAAAAUAUCGUCAAGGAAAACUUAUGCAAAUGGAUUGAAAAGGUCCGCAUUCUUGAUGAAAAAUGGCUGUGUUACCUUGCAAGACAGAAGGAAGCAGUAG